CAACCUCAUCGACGCAGCGACCACGACAACUACGACACCGGUGAGCCGACGAGUUCCUAAUUCAAAAUGACGAAGGGAACUUCCAGCUUUGGCAAGCGCCACACCAAGACUCACGGCCUUUGCAGACGCUGCGGCCGUCGCUCUCUUCACCUCCAGAAGAAGACCUGCGCGUCAUGCGGUUACCCCGCUGCUAAGACCCGCGGCUUCGAGUGGGGCCAGAAGGCCAAGCGGAGAAAGACCACCGGCUCCGGUCGCAUGCGGUACUUGAAGACCGUCCCCCGGAGAUUCUCCAACGGCUUCCAGCUCGGUACCCCCAAGGGCGCCAAGGGCCCCACCGUCAACGAGGCAUAAAGGCGUUAUUGAAAAAUAGGGGGAGCGAGUGUGUUGUCGAUGACAGCUGUACUGGAUUCAGGCAAUUUAGCUCAUAACGUCUGCAAUAGCAAUGGUUGCCAUUUGACAACUUCUUUUCGUCGUCGAUUCGCUGUGAACUGCAAUGUAUGCGCCAGAUGUGUCACCGAUAUAUCCUAUUUUCGAACAACUUCCAUUUUACGAGACACCACUUUUCGGACCCCGAAUUUUCAGCUUCAAUGAGCGAAGAAAAUGUCGGGCGC